AACAUAAAUAUGUUCUAAUUGUUGAGCUGCGGAGGGCUUUUGAUGACGACCUCAUGUUCCAGACUCAACACCACGGUCCAGCAGGUGAUUUGACACCGGGUUUCAUUGCCGUUCCUCGCGCGAGCCGGUCAGCCGGGGCGGCUGUGCUAUUGCAUGAAGACCGUGCCAUUCUCCCGCAUGCCCGGAGGAUCGUGUACCCACAAGUGCCACCCACCAGCACAGCCAAGUCAACCACCACACCGCCUGCGCCCCCUUCUUUCGACCAAUUCAAGACGCAGAUUGGGGCCAAUGGACCCCAACUGCCACGAGUUCUGGACCCAGACUUCCACUCGACUACCACAGUACUCCAUAAGACCCCCAAACACGGAGGUGACGCCAGCUCUGAUGAGUUUUCACUUCUUCUCCAAGAAGGAUUUGUCUGAUUCCCCAGACAUGAAACUAUCAUAUCGGUGCUUCUCUGGGUAAGAAAUUUUGCCAGUCUUUUCCAGUCUUGGAACAAUUUUUGGAGUGAUUUCCUUGUAAGGUCCCAGACGGUCAUGCUGGCCAGCCCCACAGGUCGCCCCAUUCCCCCCGGCUUGAACAUAGUUUGAGCUGCCUUCAGUAUGGACUCACUGGGUGAGCUGCCGUCGUG